AAAAGUCGAUAUCUGUGGUUUAAACUGAUUUUUAGAUCAUGAUCAAAUUAACACUUUCAGAAUUUCCGUAAAGCUCCUUUUAAAAUUUUGUCUCUACACUAAAAAUUCAUAAUCACACUUAUAGUCAAAUGUUACUUGCAACAAUUUUUCAAAAUAAAUAGUGCUACAUAACAAGUCAAUAACACGUGCAAAUUAUGACAUAUCUGAGCCUAACUUCAUUUUAUUCAAAUUUCAAGAAGUCAAUAAAUUUUUUAUUUUUUUUUUUAAAUAAUACAAAUUAAAAGGUUGGGCAAUUGUAAUGUGUUACAGCAUAUAAUAUGUCUCGUCAUCCAUCACCAUUAGACAAUGAGCAAUGUAGGCAAUGUUCUAGAUUUUCGGAUUAUGUGAAAUCUGCCACAAAGAAAUCCAAAGAGAAUAGUCAAAAAAAUGGAAAUGAGGAAAAACCAAUACGAGAAGAUUGUCCAUUAGAUAAAGAUGGACUGGGUAAUAAAUCUUGGGGAUUACUUCAUACAAUGGCAGCUAAAUAUCCAACGAAACCUACACUUCAAGAUGAAUGUUCAAUGAAAGAAUUUUUUGCACAUUUUGCUAGAUUUUACCCUUGUGAUCAUUGUGCUAAAGAUUUAAGAGAUGAAUUAAAAAUAGAUCCUCCACAAACGAAAUCUCAAGAUGAAUUGAGUCAAUGGUUAUGUAAAUUACAUAACAAGAUAAAUGUUAAAAUAGGUAAAGAAAUUUUCGACUGCUCAAAGGUAAAUGAGCGAUGGAGAGAUGGUUGGGCAGAUGGCUCUUGUGAUUAUUAGGUUUAAAUAAGAGAACCAUAAUAGUUUUUAAGAAGUCAAAUAUUUUGUGAUAUAUGUAAUUGAAAUUAGAAAAUAUAUAUACAUAUGUUUUAUUGUGUCAUAGAA